AUGACGGAGGAGAAGGGGUCAGUGCGGUACAAGCUGGUGGACACGCAGAAGAUGAAGGCCAACUUCAUCUCCGCCUCGUGCCUUCGCGACUUCAUCACCGUUCAGCUGGCGCCCAUGGUGGCCGAUGAGAUGUGGAACGGCGCAGAGGAGACGUGCACCAUCUGGGCGGACCACGCUGACGUGGCGCGCCGCACAGCGCGCCAGGUGGCGCUCAACGGUUUGUCGGCGCCAAGCGAGGAGGGAGCGCUGUACGGCAUCGGUGUGGCUGCUGUAGAUGCACCGUGGCGUCGGGAGGCUGUUGAUGCCGACGCCUCCCGCAUUCUUGAAGAGUGUCGCUCCAGGGCUGCUCAGGUGGGUGCGGUUUGUGGCUCUUGGGUGGGUGCGGGUGGAGUGGGUGCGAGUGAGGAGGGAGCGCUGUACGGCAUCGGUGUGGCGGCGGUGGAUGCGGCGUGGCGCCGUGAGGCCGUUGAUGCCGAUGCAUCCCGCAUUCUUGAGGAAUGUCGCACCAGGGCUGCUCAGUCUCCUCUUUCCCUCUCCUCAACUCAGAUUCUGCGGUUCAACUCAGAGCCUGGUGGAUGCACUAGUGGACAAAUUAGGCGAGCUCCAAAAACCUGUUCUGUCCCCCCUUUCUUUCCUCCUCCCUUGUCCCCCUCCUGUCAGAUCCUGCGGCGCAAUCGCAGUCUGGUGGAUGCACUAGUGGACAAGCUGAUGGAGGAGAAGGCGAUGGGCGGCGAGGAGUUUGCCAGCCUGGCGCGGCAGUACGGGUCGUUUGACACGCCGCCGCCCUCCCCCGUGGAGAUGCGGGACCGCCAGCUGGCAAGGUUCCGAGGGGCCAUGAUGGCCGGCGAGAAGGAGCGGGCGGCACAAGUGCUGCUGGCCGACCCUGUUGCUGUGGAGUGA